GUUUGUGUUGAGAAGCAUUAGCUCCUCCCGCCCGGGGUGUCCAGGCUUCAGCUAACGCGCUCACCCCAGACACCCAGGAAGUGACAGCAGUGGAUCACAACAAACAGCGGAGGCUCGCUGUGUUUCCUCUCCGAGCUCAGAUUCGCUGUAUUUCUGCCUCAGUCCAGCUCCUCGGCUGCUGUUCUGACGGUUUCACGAUGUCUGUCACCACCGACAGACGAACACUGAGCCCCUCGCUUUGUGUUGCUGUCGCUGUGCUGUGUGUUAGCAUCGUUAGCCUGGGGGAAUGCCAGACUACUCCAAUACCAACAACUCCCUGCUCUGCCUUCAGGAACUGUGACACCUGUGUUCCUCAUGCCAGGUGUCUUUGGUGCUUCACCACCAACAACUGCUCGGAUUACCCAGUGAGCUGGCUGCUGCCCCCAGCAUCAGUGUGCCCGCUCUCCCAGGCCCGAUGGGGAAUGUGUUGGCUAAACUUUGAAGCCCUGAUCAUUACCUUGGCUGUGCUCGGUGGAAUCAUCCUGAUCAGCAUUAUCGCGUGCUGCUGUUGCUGCUGCUGCUGCAAGAAGCGUCGGCCAAGGCCUGACAGAGAUGAGGAGAGAUUUGCCAGGAAGAGAGAAGAGAUCAAAAACCGCGCUGAAGAACGGAAGGUGGACAGAAAGGCGCGGCAUGAUGAGAUCCGCAAGAAGUAUGGCCUCAUGAACGACUCGGACCACCCGUACAGCAAGUUUGAGAACGAGUAGAGCAGCUGUCCUGGUGGAGUUCCACAGGAAGAAUUCGGAGUCUGUCUUCAUUUAUAUCUUGGAGUGAUUCCCUUUUCUCACAAAAACCACUAACAACAAGACAAAUACUGCUGAGUGCCGUCCAGAAUUAAUUAUUUCAGAUAAAAAUCACCAUAUCAAACAAUAAACCUGAUGGAAUGAGAUUCUAGAUUUUAUUUUGACGUGUGAUUCUCGCUGAGGAUUGUGUUUGUGUCGUGUGGAUGUUGAAGCUAGUUUUUAAACCUUUUUGUGUUUGGAAAUUUUGUGACAUGAUUUAGUGUAGUUUCAUAUGGGUCUUUUCGUUUUAUAAAUGCAAUGUUGAUAAAUGAAAUGCACAGUAAUGAUUGUACCAUAAGAUGUGUUCUGACAAAUGAAUAAAAAUCUGCUCUUUCAACUAAAA